AUGGAGAACUACCAGAAGCUCGAGAAGAUUGGCGAAGGCACUUACGGUGUCGUCUACAAGGCUCGCGAUCUCCUCAAUGGAGGCCGCAUAGUAGCCCUCAAGAAGAUUCGCCUCGAGGCCGAGGACGAGGGUGUCCCUUCGACUGCCAUUCGCGAGAUCUCCCUGCUCAAGGAGAUGCGGCGACCCCAACAUUGUCCGCCUCUUCAACAUUGUCCACUCCGACGGCCACAAGCUCUACCCUCCCUCAGAACCUUCUCAUCGACAAGGGGGGCCAACCUCAAGCUCGCCGAUUCGGUCUCGCCGCGCCUUGGCGUGCCCCUACGCACUUACACCCACGAGGUCGUCACCCUGUGGUACCGCGCCCCCGAGAUUCUGCUCGGUGGUCGUCAAUAUUCCACCGGCGUCGACAUGUGGUCUGUCGGCUGCAUUUUCGCCGAGAUGUGCACCCGCAAGCCUCUCUUCCCUGGCGACUCUGAGAUUGACGAGAUCUUCAAGAUCUUCCGCGCCCUUGGAACUCCCACAGAGGAUGUGUGGCCUGGCGUCACCUCGUACGCCGACUUCAAGAGCUCUUUCCCCAAGUGGAUCCGCGACGAGCGCCUGCCGCUGUGCACCAACCUCGACUCGGUCGGCCUUGAGCUGCUCGAGAUGAUGCUCAUCUACGACCCCGCAAGUCGCAUCUCCGCCAAGCAGUCUUGCAACCACCCGUACUUCGAGACCUACCCUGCCGCCCAGCAGCAGCCCGCUCGCACCAAUGGGUACCACUAG